GUCAGUCCCACAGCGUUGCGCUCCUCACAACCCUGCAGCGGCACUGGCACCAGCACGCAGCACUGCACCACACGCCGCCACCCCGCCCACCCGCCAUGUGAGCAGACCGUCGACAUCACCAGCCCAGCCCAGCCCCACCGCCAUCCGCAAACUCAGGCUCACCACCAGCACACACACACACACACACAUCCACUGCACAAGAUCCAUUCACCAACCAGACACAAUAUGAAGGACUGCUCCUGAACACACCCAGAACUCAAACAAGAAGGAUAAAUCUCCUCAAGGAGAAGGAAACCACCAAUCCAAGACUAACCGGGAAGACAGUGUGAGGAGGAGGGACCCCCCUGACGGCAACUGUACAGUAAAGGCCCCACCCCAGGGUGUUGAGGACAAUGCAGGAAGCCAAGGAUCAAGGAGCGGGUAGUCCGGCCGUGACCGGCCGCGCUGGGAGUCCGCGCACGUUCGGGGGGCUUCAGCGAGGCUUCUUGUUGCGGAGGCUGGAGCCACGGGUCAGCGGGAGACCCCUGGGUCGGGGCAGCCGCCCGCACUCGGACACCGAGCUGCCCCAGAGUCUCCGUGACCCCACGCCCACCGCCGGGACCCAGCCAGUGGCCCAAUCCCAGACCCACGCCACCACGGAACAGAGGAGCAAGGUCAAGCUGAAAUGCAAGAACGUCUUCAAACUGCAGCAGGGAGUGAGUGACCACCUGGACGAGAUGAUGACCAUGGACUGGGGCCACCCAGACGUGACGGCUGCCAUCAGCAGACACCCCCGGCUGCCGCAGCAGAUGCGGGACCCCCACUUUGCGCAGACCAUGCGUUGGCUGCAGGACGACCCCGAGGGCUUCAUGCAGCACUUUGAGGAGAGCGACGAGGAGAUGAUCUUCGUCAAGGACCUGCUGGAGAUCAUUGGGGACAUUCUGCAGGCGCGGGGCAGCCAGGGUUCGGUCCGCAGCUUUGUCCAGUCGCUGGGUCUGGGGGCGCAGGAAGAGGCUCAGCUCAACUCCAUCGCCGAGCACCCCGACAUCCGCGGCAUCAUCAGUGACCCGCUCUUCCAGGACACACUGAGUGAGAUGAGCAAAGACCCGAGCCAGGCCGAGCGGUUGCUGCAGUCCAAGGACGCGCGGUUCCGGGCCGGGUUGACCACUCUGCUGUCGGCCGGAGUGCUGGACAUCCUGCUGGCUGACCGCAGCCCCAGCCCGGCCAGAGAGACAGACAGCAGCCACAGCGACUGACCAGACCCGCGGGGGGUGGGGGAGGGGAGAGGGGGGAGCAGGACAACAGGGAACCCGGCCCCCCCCCAAAAAAAAAUAAACCCUGUAACUGAACCCA